CAAAUUUGAUGGUACCCCAAAUACGCAAGCCCAAUCCUUUCGUCGAAGCGAUUAGGGUUUUCUCAACCCUAGGGUUUUCCUUCCCUUUUCCCCAAUUCAAUUCGAAAUCAAAACUUUUUUUUUCCAAUUUCUCUCUGAUCCCAUCAUCAAUUUAACGAUAAUCGUUGCAAAGAGGGGAAAAUAAUAAGAAGAAGCAUCGAUUCGCAAAAAAAAUGACGGGGAAAGCGAAGCCCAAGAAGCACACCGCGAAGGAGAUCGCGGCGAAGGUGGACGCCGCCACCACCAACAGAGGCGGCGGAAAAGCCGGCCUGGCCGAUCGGUCCGGCGUGGAGAAGGGUGGGCAUGCGAAGUACGAGUGCCCCCACUGCAAAACGACGGCACCGGACCUGAAAUCGAUGCAGAUUCACCACGAUGCUCGUCACCCAAAGAUCCCUUAUGAGGAGGAGAAGCUCGUGAACCGCCACGCCACCACCACCACCACCACCACCACCACCCCCACCGCCGUUCCCGAAUCAUCGUCGAAGCCUCGCCCCGGCGUUCGCGGUAGCCUCAAGAAGUGAUGAAUGAUCGUCAUCACUUUAUGGACCCUUGAUGAUUCAUGGAUUUCACUCUCUGUUUUUCUUCGUUUUGUUUCUCUCCAAGUUGUCGUUUUAGCGGGUUAUCAAGUAAUUUGGAACCUGGGUAUGUUUUUUUUUUUUUGGGUUAUGCUUCGUAUUAGAUAAUGAAUGUGAUGCUGUGUAUGAAGUGUCAGAGAAGGGUCUUUAAUGGGAAUGGGAUUGAAUCAGUGGAAUGUAUAUUGUUCCCGUAAUGGCAGUUAAUGUGAUUCUGUUGAGCUA